UGAGGCAGGUCGCGUUCCUCGAUCAGUUAAUCCGUUUUGAUGCAAAAUGUCUGGAAACGCAGCACAGCCAACAUGGUGAAGCAUAUUAUUUGAAGCUCACGUUGCGUUAUUAUUGUUUACUAGUUUUAUUUUUAUUUUUUCCUGCAACACGGAGCGAGAUGGAUCCGUCCAGGAGGAGCGAGAGUGACUGGCAGGGGCUGGUCAAUGAGUUCUUGAUUUGCAAACGGAAGCUGGAGAGCAAGAAAGAAGCUCUUCUGAUUCUGUCUAAAGAGCUGGACACCUGCCAGCAGGAGAGGGAUCAGUAUAAGCUGAUGGCCAACCAGCUCCGCGAGCGGCACCAAGGACUGAAGAAGAAGUACAGAGAGCUCAUUGAUGGAGAUCUCUCUCUGCCUCCUGAGAAAAGAAAUCAAGUGAAUUUAGCCCAGCUGCUUAGAGACUCCAGAGAAAAAAGUCAUCAACUUUCUGAGGAGGUGAAGGAGCUCAAACAGCGACUGGUGGAAUCUCAGGGUGAUAACAAGCUCUUACGAAUGACCAUCACCAAACAGAGGCUGGGUGACGAGGAGGUUGGCGCUCGACAUUUUCCUGCACAUGAGCGAGAGGACCUGGUCAGACAGUUAGAAAGAGCCAGAGAACAGAACGAGGUGCUGGAGCACAGUGUGAAGUCGCUCACAGACGAGCUACAGGACGUUCGAGCAGAGCGAGACGUGUUUCAGCAGAAGGCUCAUCGUCUCAAUGUGGAAAUGAACCACAUCGUGGGCAAUGACGAUAUUCGGAUUCUAGACAUAGACGCGCUCUGCAUGGAGAACAGGUAUUUGCAUGAGCGCCUGAGUCAACUUCAGGAGGAGGUCAACUUGCUCAAAACUAAUCUUGUGAAGUACAAGAGCGCCCUGGAGUGUAGGAAAAACUCUAAAAUCUAUGGCAAAGCCAACAGCAGUGCUCUCACCGGGGUGCUCUCUGCCAAACAAGUGAAGGAAUUGUUGCUCUCUGAAGAAAACGGUUGCAGUUUGCCGGUGACUCCUCAGUCCAUCUCAGACCUCAAGUCUCUGGCCACAGCGCUGCUGGAAACGAUCCAUGAGAAGAACAUGGUCAUUCAGCACCAACGGCAAAUCAACAAGAUUCUUGGGAAUCGAGUAUCAGAGCUGGAGAAGAAACUAAAAUCACUUGAGAUGUCUGGAUUAUGGAGCUUGCCAGGCCUGACUUAUAAUGUGUCUCUUGGAAUUUAUGGAGGAAAAGACACCGUCAUCCUGAACACUCAGCAGGCUGAGUCACCAGAGUCUCCUGGAGAGGAAGCUGGCAUAGGGUCUGAAAAUAUAGCUGCCGAGCAGCCAAGCUCCCCAGAAUUUCAAAACCAAAGCGGUGAAACAGCUGAUUCAAUAUCAGCUUUUCAGGAAGAGGCACCACCACCAUCCAGCGUGGAGGAGUCCCAGCAGAACCAGUUGGCCAAUGAAGAGCCAGCUAGCCCUCAGACAGAAAUGCCAAACAACCAAACUCAGAUCACAACAGAUUUAACUGCUUUAACAAGAGAAGAGGAGCAUCUGAGUGAUUCCCCUCCCAUUGUGACCGAUGUGAACACGCCCCGUCCAACAGAAUGUCACCACUUAGAGUUAACUUUAGACAACUCAGACUUCACAGGAGGAAGAGGGGACGAGUCAGAUGAAUGUGCUAAAGGGGAUGAAACUGUCAAAACUGAGUGUGUUAUUACAGAGGAAAACAUUCCUGCUGCGUCCACCGCUGUCUCUACUGCUGCUGCAGAAGAGCAGCAGGAGGAGGACACCCAGCCAAACCAGUCAACGGAGCUUUCAGAUGAGACAGAUGUUAGUCAAGAAAUCUGAUGUCUUCCAGGAGCUUCUCACAUGUUGUGGAUAAAAUUUGAAAAUUUAAAGAAUGAUAUCGACAAAAGAUGUAUUUAUAAUAUAAUGAUACUUUAUUUAUUUUUAUGAAUAAUGGAAAAAUUCUGGUGAGUGAGCUACUAGGGUUUUACAGAUUGUGCGUUAUUGUGCUGUAGUGGCCACAGCAUGAAAUUUCAUUUUUGUCUACAGUUCUGA